AACACCUCCCAACGGUCACUUAAUAUUUCAUUCUCUCUCUCUCGCUCUGUCUAAAGCAAAUCCAGUAAGAAGAAGAACAAAUAAGGAAGAAAAUAAAAUCAAAAAAAGACAUCAAAUCUAAAAAUUCAAGAUCCAAAUGGAUGAUUCAAGAAAGGAUAGUAAUAAAACAGUAAUCAAACCUUCUGCUAUACCUAGACUACUCCAAUCAUCAUCUGAUUUGAAGCAAAAGAUUGUGACAACUAGAAGAGAAAGUAAUGAAAACGAAGAGGAUUUGAUAACAAAUCAUAUAAAUUACUCUUCUUCUUCUAAAUUACAAAACCCUAAAAAACCAUCAACACCCAAACAUUUCAUGUCACCAACAAUCUCUGCUGCAUCAAAGAUUUCUACUCCAAAAAAGAAGAUUCUGAUGGAAAGAAACGAUUUUUCUUCCUCUGAAACAUCAUCAACAACAACCCAUGUUUCAAAAACCCCAAAUCUUGAUUCAAAAACCCCUAAUUCUUCAUCUCAGAUACAAUUACCUCAAAAAAUUCUAGAUUUUUCAGUACCCCCAAAUCUUCAAUCAUCUCAGAUUACACCUAUUUCUUCAAAAUUGACAGAUUCAGAAGAAACCCCUUACGAUCCAAAAACAAAUUUCUUAUCACCAAGACCCAAAUUUCUUCGCUUUAACCCUAAUCGCAGAAUGGAGAUACUUAAACGAAGAGAAGAAGAAUUGAACCAGCAAGCAGAACAAUCUUGUUCUGAUGAACAAGAAUCUGAUGAUCUCUCUUCAUCAUCUCAAGGAGAUGAGUCUGGUUUAAGUAGUACUACUAGUGAAGAAGAAUCAAUCACAAAGAAGGGUCCUUCUGAACAUGCUGAAAGUGAAGUUGAAAUCGAAGAAGAAGAAGAUGAGGAAGUGGAUGAGGAAGAAGAAGAAGAGGUGGAGAGGAAUGGGUUCCUCUGGAAUUUGUAUCAGGUAUUGAUAUUACUAGUCCUUCUUGGUUUUGUGGGUUUUUCUACAUCUUAUAUGUCUUCAAUGAAUGCCCCAAACCUUCAAUUACAACCUGUAUGUGAUGUUAAACAAGGAUUGAAGAUCUUUGAAAAUGGUUUCUGUCCAUCUGGUUUGGAGAAAUCUGUAUUGUCGAAUGUUAGUAGUAACCCAGAAUUGGUAAUGAAGAAGGCAUCAAUCAUAAAGGAAAUAGAUUUGGGGAAAUCUGUGGAAAUUCCUGUUCAAAUUGAAGAUGAGAUUCUAAUAGGAAUGACCCAAGUUUCAUUGGAGAGUGGUGGUGAAGAAGAUGAUAAGUUGGUGUUGUCAGCUGAAGAGGAAGUGGUUGAAGAUGAAAAUGUGAAGCCUGGGGAGGUGGAAAUUUCUACUCAGAUUGUUGAAAUUGAAGAGAUGGUUGAGGAAGAAACUGUGGAGUCUGUGGGCUUGUCUGAUCAAUUGUCUGAGACUUUAGAGUUGAUUGAAGUUGUUGUAGAGAACACAGUUGAAGAUAAUGAGGGAAAUGGACAAGUUGCUGAGCAAUUUGAAUCACCAGAACCUGUUUCAGAUGAGGUUGUUGCUGAGGAAUUGGAAACCCCAGAGCCUAUUUCUAAUGAAGAAGUUGUUGAGGAAUUUGAAGCUUCAGAAGAAAUUGUUUCUAAUGAGGAUGUAGCUUCAGAGCUUGUUAUAGAUGAGGAUGUCCCUGAGGAAUCAGAAGCUUCGAAGCCUGCAUAUAAUGAAGCUGCUGAGGAAGAUGAAGCCUCAAAACCUGUUCCUGAUGAAGUUGCUGGAGAAGCUGAAGCCUCAAAACCUGUUGCAAAAGUUGAAUUGGGCAUUGGAGUUUCUGUCAUUUCUGCAAUCCUGGCAUCUCUGAUCAUUGUUUUCCGUCAUCUAAAGCAUCGAAGACAAGUUGUAAAUGAAGCUGCACCUAUCGUGCCAUCGCCAUCUGAGCCUUUUCUUACUGAGGAGCAAGAAACCAUCAUUGCUGAAACACUUGAGAAGGCUAAAAAGUGCUAUCUUCCUAAGAAAGAUGAGGUUGUUGAAUGUCAGAUAGAGAAAGCCGCUGAGGCUUAUAUUGAUUCGUCAUUUCACUCCAGUGGAAGGGUCUCGGAAGAUCUAUACCGAAGUAGAGCAGCACCAUCAGUACAAUUGCUUGGUGAAUUCAUUGUGGAAGAAUCAGGGAGCUCUCUCAGAAGCUGUAGUGUUUUGAAUUCAAAGGCAAUAAUUGAUGAUGGGGAAGAGAGCAAGUUUUCUGUGUCUAUGUCAGAAAUGAAUUCAAGGGGCAGGAGGAGGGGAGCUUCCUCAAUUAUGCAGGAGGAUGUUUCUGAAUUUUCUAAUGCUGAGUCCUAUUCAUAUGGCAGCUUCACAACUCAAGAGAAGUUGACAAGGAAAGAUGGUGGAGAUAUUACAACUCCAGUCAGAAGAUCAAGUCGAAUUCGAACAAAAUCAGUCUCGUCUUCUUGAACUGGGUUUAGUUUCCCUAGUGCAACUGCAACGAAAACAGCUUCCUGUUGUUUAAUGUUGUUUAGGAUACUAGAGAAUUUAUUUUUUAGCCUUUACAUUGCUUUGAAUUUCUGUUUGUGUUAGGAGAACUUGAUUUAAUAUUUCAGCAUGAACUGCUGCAGUGCUGCUCAUUUUGUACCGUAACUCCACUACUAAUGUGUAUCUUUGUUUCUCUUUUAUUAGA